AUGGUCACGGUCGAAUCAACGGCGGCACAGGCGGCCUCUUCACUCACCCAGGCGCAGGGACCGAUAACUGCCUCCCCUUCACUUUUGAAUCUGACAGCCUUCAAGACAGCCGCGGCAGAUGUGACCUCGUCGUUUAGUCUGCCAACUGCCGAACAGCUCCUUUGCUUCCCACUCCGGUUCGCUUCGCUGAUUGACCGGGCAGUUCUUUUCAUAUGGCACCAGGUAUUCGUGGAGGGCUUGGGCAUUAACAUCUUCACAAGAGGAGGCCCGCCGCUGGCUGAGGGUGCUGCAGGAGGACAAGUCAUGGCAGAAGCUGCGGCGCAAGCAGUCGGCGAAGCAGGCGCAGAGAGCUGGGCGGCCUUCUUUGCAGAGGCUUUUCAGGCGAGCACAUUCAAGUCAUACUGGGGCAUGCUGCACUAUCUGACGUCGAGAUGGGCCUUCACAUGCUUUGCCAUGGCGCUCAUCCUUAAUCGCAUUGGGGUCUAUGGCGCUUCCCGCCAACGCAUCCAGCUGACCUGGACGAAGAGGCUAGCUUUGCGAAUACUACCCAUUCUACUUUUCGCCAGCCAGAUCCACUCGCUUCUCCAGGCUAUCCGAUGCCAAACGUCUCCGGACUACUCACUGUACCGACAUGGAGACAAUAACAAAUACAGCCUGCUAGACUGGUCCACGGACGGCGGGCGCCUUCACACUUUUACAUCGACGCUACUCUUCCAGUCCACAGAUGCAGAUGCCUGUGCAGCAGUUGGGAUGAGCAGACCGAGCCCAGACGUUCGGGCGCCAUAUGGGUCCUUCUCGCUUCUCUGGCCUUCGUUCCUGCGUCUGAGUUUGUCUCAUGUUGUCGACAGCCUCUCUUGCUCGCUGCAACAGAUCCCGACCAUGACGGAAGUGGGCAUGUCGGUCUUCGAGCAUUCACUGGCGUUCGCCGAAGCCGAGACGAUGAUCUCCCACACUCUGGGGCUUGGCUAUUUUAACACCGUCAAGGCCUCGAGCAGUAGCAACACGACCGCCUCAGGAUUCUCACAAGCAGACUCCUCCCCUACGAUACCGGCCUCGGGCACUAUACUGGCACUCGCGGAUGCUACCGCGGCCCUCACAGGUCCCCACAUCCUGGAUCGAGUCAACGUGCCAGUCGAAGUUCUCUUGGUCACUCUGCUAUCAUGCUGCAACUCCUUAUCGUCUCACGUAAUUGCUGUCCUGGGCAAACAACGUCAAUGGCGCCUCGUCAAUACUGCAGUUUGGGGAAUGGCCUUCAUGGGUUCUUUUGUAUGGGGCUUGUUUACCACGAGUGUCAUGGUCCGAAGUGGAGAGAACGGCGACAACCGCCCUGUCAGCAGCCUCCUGCAUUUCCCUACGGUUGCUAUUGUUGGCUUCCUCCCCCAUAUGGCGAUACUGGUUGGCGUUGCAGUUUGUCUGGUCAUUUACCUCAUUGCGCUCACCUUGACUGCGAUAUCCCUGGGGACCAACCCACACAUUCCGCAACCAACGAGCCUCAAGGAACGUUUCGCCAUAGCUCACGACAACCUUCAAGCCGCAGUCCAGACCCGUGGCAUCAACAUCCGCUGGUACGAGGACUUUUAUACAGCACUUCUUCGUGUUGGGUUUGCCGCACUGACUGCCGCGUCCGAAGCGGUCUUCUUGAAUGAAGGCCGGGCCGUCGAAGUUCGACAGUUCACUUGGCUGGAGGAAGAUCGACUCGACGAGUUUGACUCGGCAAUGCGUGAAAAGGGUCCCUUUCAAGGUGCCGGCACCCUUCAGAAUGGGCAGCAGUUUCAAAUCCUGGAAGAAUACGGCUUGCCACCUUCGAGUCCCGGAGGGACUGACAAAGGAGGUGUUUGGGAGUCCGGCUUUGGCAAGGAACGGAAAUUCGACAAAAAGGAAAACGAAUUGGAAGGGAAAGAUUCUUUCGUAUACCCUACCCCGCGCAAUGGAGGCGUUGGGGCUGUACAACGGACGACAAGGUUCUACUUGCUUAUGAUUUACCUUCGGGGUAUCAUGUUUUUAACGGCUGGAUACAUCGGAUUUGGGUUUGGUGUUUUGUUGGACACGAUUGGCAUCACGGCGCGGCCUCGCUGGCUGAGACGCCUGGUCGGCAGGUCAUUGAAAAAGAUGAAUGCCGAGCGCAAUACGACCAUCACAGGGACUCUUGACUUUUGGGUCCUAAGGGAAGAUGGCAAGCUCACGAUACCCCGAACUGACGAAGUCGAUAUUGAGCCGGAAAUGAGGAGGCGGCUGAUGACCGAGUUCUCCGGACAGAGAAUUGAUGAACUUCUCGACGCCAAGCUGUACGACUGGUGGAAAUCCGGUGGCUGGUUUGGCACCAAAGACGAGAGCGGCGAGUACCAGCCGUCACAUGCAGACGAUCUUGAUGAUGUUACGAGCGUGGUUUCGAUGUCCACCGACGCGAGCAGCAGCAGCAGCGUCCACGAAGACGAAUGGGAAUCAGAGCCCGAGGGUACGAGAACCCCAACGCAGACAUCCUCAGGGCCGAUGUGGUCUUUUUCACAAAUCCAGACUCGAGAGUCGACGCCAGAAACCUUCUCGGAUUCACCACUCGACGCUAUCACACUUGCCAGGCUUCUCAAUCCCAAAGACACGGCGUCCCGGGAAGAAGCCCGGAUUCUUUCAUCUCACCUGCUGGCCAGUGCGUCAGCCGACUCGCCUGGGAUCAUGACUCGCUCCCGCUAUCGUCGUGAACUCGAAGCCGAGCGGGCCAAGAUCCUGCUGGCAGGACGGACCCCCCACCACCAUGACCACAUGGGCAAAGUUCCGGCAGUCUCCUUAUAUACGGAGCCGGAGGCCAAAGGCCCUCGACCACUGACACCGACCGAGGAAGCAGAAGUCCUAGAGUCCCUCAUUCUCGAGCGGCGAAAGAAGCAUGCGACCGCUCCUCCGUUGCGUGGCCCGACGGAGAACGAUGAUGACCCUUCCACACAGCUGGGUCCGCCUUGUGUGGUCUGCCAGGUCUCGUCGAGGACGAUCAUUGCAUGGCCGUGUCGCUGUCUCUGUGUGUGCGAGGACUGCCGCGUCAGCCUGGCGCUCAACAACUUUGGAAACUGUGUGACUUGUCGGCGAGCCGUGCAGGGGUUCGUGCGGCUUUAUGUGCCUUGA